GUUCCGGUGGAGAUGGCCAUGCUUGCAGAACCUCGAAGACGACAAAAGUUUUCUGCUAAUCCUAGAGGAACCACUUGGGUUAAUGGUUCUUCAUACCUGAUUGGUAAACAGCCUUUUUCAGGUGCAUUCCAAAAGCACCUAUUAUAUCGAAACCGAAACCCAUGGACGGUCCCACAUUAAUAAAUCUACUAAUAGUGAUAUACUGCUGGCACCGGUUCUUUCUGCAGACAAAUACAACAAACUACAACGUCGGCAGUCACCAAAAACGUUAUGUGACGUUCACCAACAGAAGGACGACUACAGCCUGCUAUUUUACCAGGGACAGGCGACGACAACUCGUGAUAACAGUGCUUAGGAAUGACGAAUGACUGGACCAGCAAAUCGUGCUACCAGGAAAUACAGACAACACUUCCAUCCAGCGAAUCCUAUUGCUGUUGUACAGGACUCUUGUGAACAACACGGCCAGAAGACUACCAAAGUUGUAUUUACAAACUGACGUCGGCAAAUAUUGAAUCUACAAUUUCCUUUACGUUGAGCCUCCUGUGCCAUCCUUCAACAUCGUUGUAGGUUCGGAUUGCCUGUUUGAAGACUCUCCAUGUUGCAGGUGUCCAGAUGAUUCUAAAUUCGGUCAGAAGUUGAUGGAACGCAUGGGCUGGUCCAAAGGAAAAGGUCUUGGAGCCAAUGAAGAUGGGAGACAGGAAAGUGUAAAAGUUAAAUUCAAGAACGAUAAUACGGGUGUGGGCUGCACCAAAAGCUAUUCUGACAGCUGGAUUGCUCAUCAAGAUGACUUCAACAGUCUCUUAGCCAACCUAAACAGUGAUGUGGUUAACAAGGAAGAAACCACCAAGGUGACAUCGUUAGAAGAAAAGAGUAAAUCGUCGAGGAGGAGAGUGCACUAUCAAAAGUUUACUAAAGGCAAAGAUCUGUCAACACGAUCAGUACAGGAUUUAAACUGCAUCUUCGGAAUAAAAGAGUCCAAGUUAAAGAAAGAGUGCAAGUUAAAGAAAGAGUGCAAGUUAUCACCAGAGGAGGAGGACGAAGACACCAUUGAAAAGGCAGAUACAGUUGAAAAUACUGGCCUUGUCACCAUCACCAGUACUUCCAGCAUCCAGGAGUACUUUGCUGAAAAGAUGGCCGCAAGGUUAAGAAAUAGUCCACAAGCAAACCGUCCUGAUGAAUCUAUACGGGCAAGGAAAGACGAGGAAGCCAGCAGCACCAUAAAACCAGUUGCUGAUUCUAUCAAUACUUGUGGAAAUGUUGAAAAUAUUGACCAGGUGAAUACUCCGACAAGAUCAAAACAGAAAAAAAAGAAAUCUAAAAAAUGCAGGUCCGACAAAGGCAAUGACAUGGUUGAUGAGAAUGUAUCAUGUGAGACCGGUUCUGCAGUGAAGCCAGUCGACUUUGAGAUAUCCGAUGAUGUCAUCACAAACAGUAAACCUAAAAAGAAGAAAAGGAAAAAGGAGAAAGAAGAUGGUAACGAGGAAUCAACAAAAUGUCCACAUGAAGAAGUGUCUCAAGAAAGAUUAUUAAACUACAAGAAAAAGAAAAGUAAAUCAUGUUCUAGUGACACAAAUGCAUUAACUUGUGAGACAGUUUUAGAAAAUAAUGUAAAUAUUGCAUCCACAGUUUCUGAUUGUACAACAAAGCUGAAGAAAAAGAACAAGAAAAAACGUAAAGAUAAAAAAAACAGUGAUGCUGUAACAAAGGAAGAAAUGGACGAUAAUGAUGAAAGCUGUUUGCAUGAUAAAUCUGACAACCAGGAUUUGAAAAAGGAUUGUGGCAGCAAAGUCGUGGAUCCACCUGAAGACAUUCAGUCGACUAACAAGAAACAGGUUCGUUUCAGCAUAACUGAGGAUCAAUGUGAAGAUUCAGAGACCUUAAAGAAGAUUUCCCGAAAAAGGAAGACCAAGAGUGUUACAGUGGAAACCAGUGAUACCCAGCCACUUAGUGAUUCUGAUGUCACUCCUUUAAAAAAGACCAAGACAGAACAUCUAAAUCGUGUCUCUGUUGUCGAUUCUAAUAAUAUGCUUUCUGAAAAGAGAGAAAGUCCAGAAUUAGAGAAAUCUAAUGAAACUGUAAAUGAUAAAAAGACUAAGAAUGUAAGAAAGAACAAGAAAAGAAAGAAUAGUAAAGUUAAGACUGGUGUGCUUUCUGCUGUGAAGGAAGUUGCUAAAAAGUUUAAAGGUUCAAGUUUAAACCAAAUUCCUGGCUAUGGCUCCCCGGUUCUAGUUUUAUCAAAGAAGAAGUAAGGGUCUUUAUAUAUAGGUUAUAUAAUUAUGUCACAAUAACCAAAUUUGUGUUUAGACACUACUAAAUUUAUAUUACCAUUAAUAAAAGCAUAGUUUAGACGAUUUUUGGGGAGGAGAAAACAUCAAAGAAAUGUUUUAUAAGAAGUUAAAUAAUUACCAUUGGUUGAGGGCUUUAAUUUCAGGUGUUUACAAAACAAAACUGUUAACCUUUGUCAGGGUAUAUGUCUAGUCUAGGGUUUAUAUUUCUAAAAUUCAUCAUGAGAAUAUUUUAAUAUUUAAAAUAUUAACAUGAACUUUAAUUAUCUGUAUUUUAACAAAUACAGAUGGACAUGUAGACUGAUAUUUUCCAGAUUAAAAAAACCCAAACAUUUUCUUUGUAGCAAAAUGUGAGUAAAUGGCAAAUGUUUUUGGACAUGCAUAUAUUGGAUAGAGCUGACAGCUGACAAACUAUUUGUUAUUUGUGCAUUAAAGGCUACAAGUUUUGUGGAGUGAAAACUAACUGAAGUGCAAUAUUAUUAUUAAUUAAUGUUUCUCUUAGUUAUUACAUUAGUUGAAAGAAAUAAGGGAACACAUGGAAUUGCAGACCAAAUUUAACUUACUACCAACAUAGUAAUGCCUGUAUUUAAUACAAAGUUGUGAUGUGAGAUGAAUCAUGCAGGGGUAGAAAUUUUGAAAUAUCUCCUCUUGUCUGGGAGACUAGUAGCCUAGAACCGUUGCUAGUCCCUAGUGCUCCUUAUACUGGGACAUCCUGAGAAGAUGAAAUCUACCGUACAUUGUAUAUGGGUUGUAGAAAACUCUUAAGGAAGGUCCAUCACCUCUGUAGCAUAGUGCAUCAUGGUGAAUAGCUUAACAGUCAGCAUCUUAAAUUUGGGUCACAUCUGCUGAGAAUUACCGGCCCGGAGGACCAGCAUAAUUUAAAUUGUACUCAUCUCCAGUUAUUUCUAUUCAUCUGGGGUGAGGGUGCUAGCAUUCGUUUCUAUCCCAGUAGUAUGGACUGCCAGAAACACUAUCAACUUCUGACAUUCUUUCCAUCAUAAGUAUGUGAUUGAUCACUUGUGCAAACGCUAUUAAAAAUUAAUAAAUUUAAUAUAUGUUUAACUAUUACAAAUGUAAUUUGUAUUAUAUAGUAAUUUUAACAAUUUUUAGAACACCUGUACUCAGUGAUUUUGAAUAUUUUUUAGAAUCGUAAU